AUUAAACACCUCAUUCGGCAAUACUUUGAAGUGUAAAGAGUUGGGUUGCUUGGAAUACACAGAAAUGGCUGACUGUGCUGUUGUAUGUUUUGCUAAUCCUAUAGCCAUGGACUGCGAGGAAAUUUAUCGUGCCUGUAAAGGCCUUGGAACUGAUGAAGAAAAGAUUGUGGAAAUAGUGGGGAACAGAAAUGCUGAGCAGAGGAAGGCGAUAAGAGAGACCUACUAUGCAAUGUACAAAGAAGACCUCUGCACUCGCCUUGAAAAGGAGCUUCAUGGGAAACUAGAGAAAGCAAUUGGGUUGUGGAUGAGAGAAGCAGCUGAAAGGGACGCCAUUAUAGCUGGAAAAGCCCUAGAAGGAUGGAGCACAGAUGACCGUGCUCUUACUGAAGUUUUCUGCACAAGAUCUUCCACUGCAAUCAUAAAAAUCCGUGAAGCAUACCACAAACAAUUCCAACGUUGCUUACAAGAUGACGUUGCAUGCAAAACCAGUGGACCCUUUCAGAAGCUGCUUCUGGCGAUGCUGAAAGCACACCGGUGCGAGAGUAAUGUCAUCGACAUGAACCAGGCAAGGUGCGAUGCUCAGCGAUUGUAUGAAGUAGGAGAAGGAAGCUGUGGAACUAAUGAAGAUACUUUCGUUCAGAUUAUAAGCCAGCGCAGCGUCAUGCAACUUCAAGCAACCUUUAAGUGCUACAAGCAGGAAUAUGGUCAUGAAAUUAUGAAGGCACUAAAGAAGGAAACACAGAAAGAAUUCGAGGAAGCAGUUCGCGUGACUAUCAAGAGCAUGUAUGCCCCAGCUCAGUACUUUGCCAAGGUGCUUCACAAAGCCCUGAAAGGGGUUGUUAAGGACGAUAGUACAAUAGCUCGUGUAAUGGUGACUCGUGCAGAGGUGGACUUGAAGGAAAUUGAUGGUGCAUUUGAGAGGAAAUAUAAGAAAAAUAUAGUGCAAGCGUUUCAUGAGGAGUUGUCUGGACAUUUCAAGUAUUUCUGCCUUGCUCUCACUGCUCGUGCAGCCAUUUCUCAACGACCUAUGUUGUGCUCUUGCAAUUAACUACUCUCAUUACCUUAUAUCACUAUGCUAUAAAACUACCCUGUUCAUCUCUAUACUACUAAUUAACAAUAUAUAACAUAAAGCAUUAUACUUUUCUCCUUC